GAGAGACCACCUACUAUUGAGAAUUUUGAUCGCGGCGAAGAUCUGACUAUUAUAAAUAACCCCAAGAAGACAAUGAUUUCUGCAAAAUUAUUUGGUGCUGCCUAUAGCAGACCCGAAGAGGUGAGUUAUUGUUCUUGCUGCUGAUGUUGCUGUUGCUGUUGUGGGAACAACAUUGAUUCAAACGAUGACCCUCUCAUUUCUUUUCCAUGCUUUGUUAAAAACUGUAGGAACAAGUUGCAUACGGGGGACUUAGAGCGCUGGGUUUCAUUAAUUCUGCCCUAAAUUCUGGUAUUGAACUCUCAUCGUCAAGAUACGGAUUUCCCCUGAUGUAUGAUCUACUCACCAAUACAGUUGCGUUCAAGCUAAAUCCAAGCGAUAGACCCCAUAAUUGGGGACGAAUUUUGUUCCGUCUUUUGCCAUCCUCGGAUUUCAAGAAUGGCUCAGCAGAGAUGUCUGUUCUUCGAAUUCUUGCUGAAAACCCGAACAUUGCAUCUAGUCCAAACAUUCCAAAGUUUCACAUUGAUAGUGGGAUGAAUAAGAUUAAGGGAAUGUUCCAAGGCAAAGAUGCUGUUAGUCGCCUCCUUGAGCAACUGCAUGCUUUUAUGAAGCAGGAGGCUGUACAAAAGAUGAUGGGCAAUCCAUCUGUUCUCAAAGAAUCCAUUCCGAGAACAGCCAUGAUUCUAACUCGCCCGGUGACAUAUUCUCAACACAGACUUUGGGUAGUGCCAAGAAUAACAGACUACUCUCGUUCUAAUUUCCAGUUGGAUAUUCAAAACUGCGCUGCCGUCAGUAUCCCAUUGAAACAAUUGCAGGCCUUCGCGUCAAGGCCCUUGGCACCUAUGAAACUUGAGAAGUACGUCAAUUUCUUGACCCGUCAUGAAUUAGGAAUGGCAGCAGUUUCUGGAGCGAUUCCGUUUGACGUUUCCGGUGAUCGUGCUUCAAACACUCACUGUUCACAGGCUACAAUGUCGCGAGUCGCUGUAGAUGUAUUGAAACAUGCCCAAAAGGCAAACUCAGAGAAGAAACCGAUCCUAAUUGGAUUUACUCCAAGGGAAGUGGAUUCUUUCCAUUCAAAUCCGGCAGCAUUGAGUACAGCAAUGGGUCAAUUGAACAAUCUGAUCAAGGGACUGAAUCAGGCGAUGGCAUUCGAUAGGAAGUCAUUGUGGAACCUCAUGAAUCGUGCCUUAGCGAUUGCGACCAGUGAUGAGAGAAGUGACACACCAAAUUCUACUGGACCGAACGGAGAGAUUAACUUUCUCAAGUUUAGACUUGGGCAAGUGAGCGAAAGAGAACCCGCAGCCUGGUUCGAACUUUUGGUUGCUUCUAUUCUUUCUACGACAGCUGAUCACGACAUUCGUUCUUUGAACCCUUACAUGUCUGGUGUUGCGUACAAAACUGUAACUAGUCUCACGAUUGUCGCAAUGCUCACUUCGAUUAGAAUCAGCCAAACCCAUAGAGCUCUUACGAGGUAAGAAGUCGUACGUGUAAUUGGUAUCGUUUGCGAAAGUGCAACCUCUCACAUCUUUUAUGUUUUUCUUUGUUGUUGCAGUCUAACGAAACUGAUGAAUCUCGUCAGAAGUGUGAAUCAGUCCAAGAACGAUCUAGGGCUUCGCGCUCGAGUUUGUCAGGAGAUCAAACUUCAGUCUCAGAAGGUUGCUACAGAUAUUACAAAUGAGAGACAUUAUAUGAGGGUGAAUGCAUCGAAUCCAAAUUUCAUUGAGUUCGAUCCGAGAUUUCUCGUUUUUGAGUUCACUUACUCAAUUUUGUUGCGAAAGAGCCAAGUUAUUCUUGUGAAUAAAUUCCUUCACUCUUUACGAAAUAACAACCAGUCAAUGUGCCAUCAGAUGAUUAUGGGUGCAGGAAAGACUACUGUUGUUACACCUUUACUUGCCUUGAUGCUUGCUGACGGACAGCAAUUAGUCACACAAGUUGUCCCUCAUGCGUUGUUGGAGUUUUCUAGGAGUGUGAUGAGAGAGAAGUUUGCUGCUGUGGUUCGAAAGCCUAUCUUCACUUUCAGUUUUAAUCGAGGAACACCUAUAACAAAAGAUCUAUACUUGAAACUCUGCAAAGCACGAGACAGUCGUGCUGUUAUCUGUGCAACACCCACAAGUAUCAAGUCGUUCAUGUUGAAGUUCGUCGAGAUGAUGAAAGUUCUGGAGGAAGCCAAGUUCGGAAGAGGCGGGACAAGACAACCUGUAAAUAACGGUGUUUUUGGUAACUUCUCCUUGUCAGCGAUUGCUCGACGCUUUAGGGAUCAAUCAGAGAUUGUCGAAGCUCAAGUGAACCCUGAAGAUGUCUUCUACUGCACAGAGAUUCUAAAGCUGUUCCGAAGUGGUGUUCUACUUCUUGACGAAGUUGACCUUAUUUUGCAUCCGCUGAAGAGUGAACUAAAUUGGCCGAUUGGCAUUAAGGAUCCGAUAGACUAUUCAAGGUCGAAGCUUGGGGUUGGUAUCCGCUGGGACAUGCAGUGGCAUAUUCUUGAUGCAAUAUUCUAUUAUACAGAGCGAAAUAUGUCCGUGGCUUUCAAAGACAGCAGAGAAGCACUCUCAAUCCUUGAAAGUUUGUCACAGGUCAUCGAAGCGGGUAUUGCAAAUAAGGACAUGCAAAAAACGCCUCACCUAGUCUUACUGAAUCGCGCAUUUUACCACAAGCAAUUGAAGCCUCUCCUAGCGAGGUGGCAGCUGGUGUACUUGAGGAACAAAAGGCUUCCGUCAGUUGAGGACAAACAUUUACUCUCCUAUAUGAUGAAUGGUCCGUUGAAAGAUCGUCAAGCAGCUUCGGCCGUUCAAGUUGCUUUAGACGACGAGUACAUGAAAAUGCUGAACCUGAGCCACGACCUUCUCCGAAACUUUAUUCCGCACGUCUUGAGUAAGAUAAACAGAGUUUCUUUCGGUCUUCUCACGAAACAAGACAUCCGAAACAGUUCGGAGCAGAAUAUUUCUCUUGCUCGACGGCUGGCAGCAGUACCGUUUAUAGGGAAGGAUAUCCCCAGUCGUGCCAGUCAAUUUUCACAUCCUGACAUAGUGAUUGGCUUAACAAUUCUUGCCUAUAGAUACGAAAAAAUGAGGAUGGGAGAUUUUGAAAACGUCUUGCUAGAGCUACGAGAAAAGCUAGAUGCUGAAUUCGGGCCGUAUCAUAAACGCCCAUCUGCUCUUCGAUACAAGGCAUGGGUAGAAACGGCAGGAGGAAAAGUUCGUGGGCCUAGAGAGGGAGAGGACUCUGUCGCGACUGGGUCUACUGCAAAUCCUGCAGCAUAUUCGCUGGGCCCGAUCGGAAGAGGCGAACGAGGGUCUGAUGACAUCUGGCCCCUUCAUUUACUUGAUUUGAAAGAUGAAAACCACAUGAAUAUAACGUUCAACCUUCUUCGGGAUCAGCCGAAUGUGAUCGAAUAUUACCUUGAUGCAUUUGUUUUUCCUCUGACAAUGGAGCAUCACCACGAAAAAAUUAGUGCCUCGGGACAAGACCUCGGUGGAGAGAUGUUGUUCAGUCGACGACUGGGCUUUAGUGGAACGCCGAGUGAUUUAUUGCCCGAAGAACUUGGUCAGUGCCAAUAUGAUGAAGGUGUAGACGGUCAAAUUCUUAAUACCCUGACAAGUGAGGCCAUCGUUUCAAGCAGAUUAAUGCCUGCAGACUGGAAUGCAAAGAAGUUGUUGACCGAUAUUGCAACGGCGAAGCCUCCUUUCCACGCGCUUCUAGAUUGUGGUGCCCUCAUUACUGGUAUGACAAAUUUCGAAGUUGCAAAAUAUCUACUAGCUAAUGGCCUCUCUCAUGACUUCGAGGGGGUUGUAUUUUUGGAUCACAAAGACAGAAAGAUGAUUCUAAUGAGGCAUGGAAUGAACGUUGUGAGACUAAACCAAUCUGGUUUGCCACCACACAAACGUUUCUCUUUUUACGACCAAAUUCACACAACUGGAAUGGAUAUUCACCAAUGCAUMGAUGCGAGAGCUGUAUUGACACUUGGAAAGGAUAUGACGUUCAGAGAUUAUGCGCAAGGUGCGUAUAGAAUGAGAGGCAUUGGCAAAGGUCAGACGAUCGAGAUUUUCAUCAUUCCCGAGGUUAUGCGUUUGAUCACCGAUCAAGUUACGAAGUUGAGCAAGAAACAGCAGAACCCGCUCCAUGUACAAGCGCCAGCCCCCGCUGGGGGUUACGCUUCGGAUCUACUUAGCUUGGCGAAUCCUCUGGCUGGUGCACCUUCAAUGCAGGCUGCAGGAAGUGGCCGACAAUUGCUUGUGAACGUCUCUGCUUGGCUCACUAUCAAUGGAAUGAAGAGUGAGAACAUGCAAUUCAAGAUGCUUUGCCAGCAGAGUAUUGACAAUGUUUCAAGAAAGCGAGGCUUUAUGACGCUUACAGCCAACUACAGAGAAUUGACUCAAUUGGCAUUUUCGGCCCGAAUGAAAGAGUUCGCAAAUCUCAGUUCAAAAUCGUCUUCGGCAUCAGCUCAGAAGGAUGCUGCAACAUCUGGGUUCGAGGAAUGGAUCAAGGGAUCAACUAAUCUUUUCGCUGAUGACAUCGAUGCCAUUAAGACCCUUGUGCUGCCUAAUUCUAGUGGUGGGUCGGUUGCAAGAAUGAAAUUGGUUGGUAUUGAGAAACUACAGAAAUCGAUUGACAUUCUUUCGGAGCGUCUAGAUUUCACUGUACAAAACAGUAUCCCUGUCCCUGUACCUCUUUCAGAUCAGUUGCGCAAUAGUGUGAUCCAACGAAGAGAAUUCAUUGUAUCUGAUUAUGACACUGCCGUUGUGGACAAAAUCUUGAUGGUCUUGGUGAAUUCUGAGGGACUUGCUAAGAAUCGGUCUGCUGGCACAGUGAUCGAAGAAGUAAACGACGAAGAUCAAGAUGCAAAUUUGGGUAAAGAGCAAGUCUCAGAAGAGGAAGUUCUCAAGGAACAGGUACGUAAUAAUUGUCUCCUAGCGAUUCUGUAUGCUUGCUGUUGGAAUGACUUCACCUCACUUUUCUUUUUGGAAUGCCUUUUCUUCGAUUGAAUUCUAGGAGGAGGAAGAGGAAGAAGAAGAGGAGGAGGAGGAGGAAGAAGAAGAGGAAGAAGUAGUAGAAGAAUACCCCAAAAAGAAGAAGUAUUCCCGGGACGGCGAGAACCCAGAUCCUUGGCAGGUAGAAGCACUUUCUGUUCCUUUUACAGAAGACCACGGAAAGUGGAAACUAAAGAAGGGAGGAAGCGAUAUCAAGUCGUGGCAAGGUUACUUCUAUCCUGCCAGUCAGUUUUCUGUCAAAAACUAUCUGUUUUCGAAAGGUGUCAAUUUGAAGUUUCCAGAUUACCUGUACAUGUCGAAAAACUAUUAUGAUACAUCGUGGAGUAGUAGGACCCAUCGUCGUUUGAAAAAUGUUAUUGUAACGAUGGACUUCAUCCCAUCUAGAGGAGCCGUGAAAGAGGUUGCUGCAGCUGGAAAGGGUUUGACAAAGAGUC